GCCAUACAUAUAUAAGAACCCGACCCGUUUUCUAGUCGACAGUUUAGUGUGAGCUUCCAGUUACAUUCAUUCGACACAACGUCUGUCUUUUGUGCUACAGCAAAGCAAACCCUGCACCUAAUUUCCAACAUGAACCGCAUCAUCAUCGCCCUGACUGCCGUGCUUGCGUGCGCCUCGGCCCAAGUCUUCCUGAACCAACCAAUCCCGCUCGCGCUGCACCAACCGGCUCCCGUGCGAGAGGCUUCCCUCGCUCAUCCAGCGGUGGUAGAAAAUGCCCUGCACGAGGCGCAAUAUCCGGAUCAGUUCCGCAACAACUUCUACAAGAACCCGCAUAUUGCCGACGCACUAGCUAAGCAGUCGUGGUUCGGAGAUAAGGAGAUGCCCGUCUUUGAGCGUGAAGCCGACAAGAUUCCGCGUGAUCGCAUCGUGAAGAUCUUCAAGAAUGCCGGAUUUGUGCGACGCCGCUAAAGCACACGCACACACACAGAAACUAUUCGGAUGACGGAGAUGUCAGUGAUCAGUUCAAUGAUCAGUGCACCAGACCACCUCAUCCAAAGGGACACCAAUAUAUGCUCAACUUGCCUACUUUCUGCGUGUUCCGGAAAAAUGCUAUUUUCCGGUCGAAUGCUUGUGAUGUUUGUGUCUAUGUUCAUAUGUAAAUAGUCGUUAAUUUAUUGUGCCAAUAAACUAUUUAUUAUGAUUUAAAUCAAAUCAGUGGAAUUACCAA